CACCGCCCGGGUGCUUCCGAUGACACACCUCGCCGAUCUUCCCCCCGACCAAAAUGGCACCGCCAGCCAAGAACCACAACCACCUGGCCACCUAUCACCUAUGCUUCCUCCUCGUCCUCUCCGUCGCCGCGCUCUCCUCUGUAGUCUCUGCCACGGACUCCUCGCUCUGCACCAUCCCCUCCCCUGCCCCGGAACACGUCGCCGCCGGGAACGACAAGCUCCCGCUCAUCUACUCCUUUCGGCUCAGCGCCGGCUACUUCUCUGGCGGCGAAGACAUCCACUUCGCCAGAGAUGAGAGCGGCGGCGACGACGACGGCAGCUUCCUCCAUGCUCGACGCUCGUUCACCCUACUCCCGCUCCGAGUUGACCGCACCACCGACGCCACCGUCGUCCACGUUUCCGCCACGUUAAGACUCUCCGGCGGCCGCGCCCUCCACGCUGUGGCGGCCCACCGGCGAAGAGAUCGCUUCGCGGGCGGCGCCCACUCCGUCUCCUUCCACCUGGACGGCUACUACUCCUCCACCUCCGCCGAGCUCUGCAUGAUCGGCUCCGGCACCUACGCCGAGGGCGACGACUGGCUCGAGCACCUCCCGGGCGUCGUGCUCCGCCUCCGCGUCCCCAGCCCGCCCAGCCUCUCGGACCCCUUCGUCACCGGCCAACUCAAGGGCGCCGGCUUUGACGCCAUCACCCUCGUCGCGUACGCCGAAGGCGACCUGUACAAGUACGGCCAGCACGCAUCCUGCCCGCCGCCGCCUUCCACCGCGAGAAGCGCGCUCCAGGCGCUAGGCGCCAGCUUCUCGUGCGCGCAUCUUAAGGAGCAGCUCGUGAGCUCGUACAAGCUGCAGUAUGGUGGCGGCGGCGGCGCGCACGCGUCGAGCACCUCUCCGGCGCCGCUACGGCUGCAGGAGCCGCGCAUGCACGUCGGCCAGGUGCAGUGCACCCCGGACGGCGCCGUGCGCGUGUACGCGACGUUCUCCAGCAGCACGAACAUGUUUCUCGCGGGGCAGCUGCGGCCGGGCUUUAUGGUCAACGAGGCGGCGGUCGUCGCCGAGGGGCGCUGGGACUCCGCCCUGAGCACGCUCUGCCUCCGGGCGUGCCGGGUGGUGCGCUCGGGGCCGGCGGCCCUCGCGGUGCAGGAGCAGGACUGCGGCAUCGGGAUGAGCUUCUGGUUCCCGUCCGUUUGGACGGUCCGGGACCGGAGCAUCGUCGCCGGCACGCUUUGGAACGCCAGCCACGAGACUGACGGAAGCAGCGCCGCCGCUGCUGCCGGCGCGAUAUCGGCGUCGAGCAUCGACUUCGACGCCUCGAGCAUCGACUUCGACAGCAACAGAGGCAACUUCUCCGACGUGGAGUACAGGUACACGAUGGUGGAUGAGGCAAAGCAGCGCUACUUCGCAGACGUGUUGAGAAGCCACAGGAACAAGACCAAGGGGCGUUUCCCGGCAGCAACCUAUAGCUACCGUGAUUUCGAGUUCCGUUUCUACAUGGAUAAGGGUAACGGCGGCUCGGGGUAUGGUCAUGGAGAAGCCCACCCGGUUACCAUCGGCUCGGCGAUGGUCUACGGGGAUAGGCUCGCUGCCGCCGACUCCUUCUCCCGGCACGCCGAGGUCGACAUGGAGCUCGAGCUGCUGACCGUCAGCUACAACAUCCACAUCCGCCGUGUUCCUCCGAAUCUGAAUCCGAUGCGUCUUAACCUGACGUCCCCGGUUGCUAUCGAAGAACGCGUGGUCACGGCGGAGGGCGUCUACGACCCUAGGACGGGCGUCCUGUGCAUGAUCGGCUGCCAAGAGCUCGCCGGCGGCUCGAUGGACUGCCGGACAUUGAUCACCGUGCAGUUCGCCUCGCUCGACGCAAAGGCGCAGGGCCACGGAAGAGGGGUGAUCAGCAGCCUGAGACCCAAGGCGGACCCUCUCUUCUUCGACAAGAUGGACGUCGUCCUGUUCGGGAUGUACGCCGAGCAGGUGGCCGAGUCGGUGUCGCGGAUGGACAUGGAGAGCGUCAUGCUGGUGGUCUCCAUGACGCUGCCGUGCCUCUUCACGGCCCUGCAGAUCCUCCGCGCCAAGAGGAGCCCCGAGGCGUCUGCGGCCACGUCCAUCACCAUGCUCGUCCUCCUGGCCCUGGGUUACGCCGCCCCGCUCGUGAUCGGCUCCGAGGCUCUGUUCGUGAGCAGGGGAACCGAGUACGCGCCGUUCCUGAGGAGAGUGCCGCACGAGCUGAGGCAGGCGAUGCUGCGGGCGCCGACGCUGAUCGCGUUCGUGCUGCAGCUGCGCCUCCUUCAGCUGGCUUGGUCCGCCCGGAGGUCGGCCGCUGGCCGGAGCAAGGCCGAGACUGCGGCGGAGAGGAGGGCGCUGCUCUGGGUAUGCCUGCCGAUGUACUUGCUCGGCGGCGCGCUGACCGUCGCCCAUCACGCGUCGAUCAGCCGCCGCGCGGCGCUGGAGGAUUCCCUCGCCGUCCGCGUCGGCCCGGAGCCGGCGACUCUGUGGGAGGACCUCGCGUCGUCCACGGGGCUGGCGCUGGACGGGUUCCUCCUCCCCCAGGUCGCCAUGAACGCGUUCUUGAGCGGCGGGGCGUGCGCCGUCUCGCCGUGGUUCUACGUCGGCGGCACCGUGGUCCGCGCGAUGCCGCAUGUCUACGACGCGAUCAGGGCCCGCGGAUACGUGCCGAGCGUGACGCCGUCGAACGUGUACGCGAGCCCCCGUGACGACCGGUUCGGCGUCGCGUGGGACGUCGCCGUGCCGUGGGGGGCGGCGCUGCUCGCCGUGCUGCUGUUCUUGCAGCAGCGGCUUGGCGCCUUUUCGUUCGGUUCGCGGAGGAGAUCAGGCGAAUAUGAGAUGGCCUCAACUCAACAGCAGCAUUAGUUUGGUUCGCCCGAUCUGGGGAAACGGUUCGUCUGACGUCCAUUGCCGACACUGACGCAUGAGCCCGGUCCCACGUGUCAGUGUCUAGGGCGGACGUCAGGGAAGACUCGUCCCUGAUUUGGCAGGUUAAAGGAGAUCCGCUAUUCCCUGCAGCAUUCAAAAUCUUUUUUUUUCCUCAAGUCGUCGCGGAUUUAUAGAGUCAAAAUGGUUUGUCAAAUUAUUAGUGUAUUUGUCUUCCAUGCUGGAAUGCAGUGACAGGAAUCAGCAGUCUUCCUCAGGAUAUUCUGAACUAUA